CGCAGUGUGACGCCGCUGCUGGUCUCGCGAGAACUGAGCGCUCGCUAAGAUGGCGGCCCUGUGCGAGGCCUUCACGCUAUGCGGUUUGGGGCCCACCGGCGGCGUCGGUCUCGGUAGCGGCCUUCUGGCGCUGGAGCCGGGUGCUGAUCCCGACCACGUCCUGCUCACCGACCGCGGCAGGACGGCCACGCUUUUUAAGGUCUCAGAUCAGAAGCCACUGGGCUGUUGGUCAGUUAAACAUGGGCAGAUUAUCACGUGUCCAGUUGUAUGCAACUUUGAGACUCACGAAUAUAUAGCUGUUCAUGAUAACAAGGUUUUACGAAUAUGGAAGGAUAAAGAUGUUAACUUGGACAAAGUAUUUAAAGCAACACUUUCAGCUGAGGUGUACAGAAUACAUUCACUGCCCCAUGCAGAGCCAUUGGUGUUGUUCAGAGGAGGGGGUGUUCGAACUUUAGAUGUUCUUCUGGAAGCUCCACAACAAGAAAUUGAAAACAUCAUCUCAGAUGAAGUUAUCAAGUGGAGUGAAGCAUUACUGGAAGGUCAACAACCUGUCUUAAUUUUCGUUACAGAGAAAGAUGGGGAUUUUUUUGUCUACAUACAGAAAGUUAAGAUGAGGAGUCUACAUAAAUACAAGCUUCAACAACAGGAAUUAUCUAAUCCGCUUUGUUUCACAGCAUAUAUAAAAAAGCAGAUUAUCACACUUCUAUGUUUAUACUCCAGUGACUCUGUAUAUGAAGUUCUGAUACCUCUACAGCAAAACAGUGAAGAGGAAGAGCAAACUCUAUCCAAAUCACUACUACUAAACCUUUCAAUAUCUGGAAGUGCUCUAAAAGGAACUUCUUUUGUUAUUCUUGAUAAAGACCAUGUUGCAGUACUGGGAAGUCUAGCAGCAUCUGGUGAAGAAUCCAAAGAGUGCCUAACAAUAUGGAAUACAAAAUUUCAAACAUUACAAGCUUCAAAGGAACUGCCCCUGGGAACCAGUGGACAACUGUGGUGUUAUGGGGAAAAAUUUUUCUUCACUCAUGGAAAAGUGCUAACAGUAGUUAUAUACAAGUGUGAAACUUCAUCCUUGGCAGCUGCUGUGGGAAAACUGAAGGACAGUCAAACCUCUGAUCUUUCUUCAUUUGUAAACUGGAAUACUCUUGGAGAUGAAGAGCUCCUGGUUUCCUAUCAGUCACAGCAGUCUGUAGCUCUAAAGCCUGAAUCCAAAAUGACAUUAAGAUCAAAAAAGAGCGCCGUUGAGAACAUGCAGCCAGAUGCCUCCACAAUUGGGCAGUUCUUACUAUGUAUAAAAGAUGCUUCCACAACUGCUGUUGAAGGUGAAUUGAGACAACUGUUGUCAAAAGCACAGAGACCAGAUUUUCAGGCCACCAUUGGAUGUGUAAUAAGUGCUCUAAUGAACAGGUGUAAAACAGAUCCAAUGUUCUACCCUCGAAACUUCCUGGUACAGAUGAUCCAGAAACGAGAAUUAUCUUACAGUUUGUGUCCAGACUUAAUGGCUGUUGCUUUAGAGAAAAAAGAUGUACAUCUCUUACAAAUCUGCUUACAACGGUUUCCAGAUAUUCCUGAAGAAAUUACUUACGCUUGCUUGAAAGUAUUUUUAAGCAUUAGUGAUGAUUAUCUGGAAGGAACAGACGUGGAUCUAGAAUCUGUAAUCUCUUACAUUGAUAUUGAACCAAACAGUAAAGUUAAGACUGAAGUUGUAGAAAAUGGUUUCAGUACUGAACUGGAAGAAGAUGGUUGUGAUGUCAAAGGCAUGAAGGAAACCCAUAUGAUGGACAAUGUUGAAUUCUGCCCUGUUGGACCUCAUAAGGCAGCAUUAUUAAAUGCUGUUCUUCAUUCAGCUUACAGUGAAACGUUUCUUUUGCCCCAUCUGAAAGACCUUCCAGCUCAGCAAGCUGUUCUGUUUCUCAGGUAUUUGCACUACCUGUAUGUGAAAUGCAGUGAAAAAAUCAACACAACUCUUCCUGGAGUACUCCCUCCAACUAUAAGUCAGAUUAUGGAUUGGAUGUGCCUAUUACUUGAUGCUCACUUCACAGUUAUGGUGAUGCUACCAGAAGCAAAAAGAUUGCUUUCAAGCAUGCAUAAGUUUGUGAGAGCCCAAGUACGAUUCUACUCUGAACUUAACAAAAUCGAAGGAAGUUUGCAAGAACUGCAAAGAAUUAAAUGCCAGGAAAACUCUCAGGCAUAUUCUAUUGAAGUGCUGGAACUUAUUUGAAUAUGAAAUGAAUUAUUAACAAACUUGUUAUUGAUUCCUUUUAUGACAAGGAUGUAUUAGCACUCCAUAUUGGGGAUGUGAAAAGUUGAGUUUUGUGCACAGGAAGAACGCGGUUACUCAGUAGCUAUGUGGGGGGUUGUGUAUUAAAAGCUCUUUUUUGACUGGAUGAUUUUCAUAUAUUUUCAUUGUAAUUUUGUUAUGCAGUCACAAGAAUAUCCUAAAAUUGUAUCUGAUUCUUGGCCGAGAAGUGAUAGGAUAUUUGUAAAAAGGUUUCAAGAAAUGUUUCAUCAAAUCAAUUGUCACUUCUGUUCCAUUUGCUUCUUUUUCACUUACAGGCAGUUGAAUUCUCAGAUUCUUCAGAGCUCUCUAAUCUUUGCUCUGGUUAGGAUCUAUAGAUACUCUGAGUUUGUUUCUUUUGUUUUCUAUUUUUAAGUUGAUUUUAUUCUCUAUAUAUACACACACAUUCAUAUUUAUUAUUUUCUGAACAAGAACACUUAGCACCAAACUAAGAACAUUCUUACCUACAUUCUUGUCCAUUUCUUCUAAGUACUUUUUCAGAGUGAACAUCUCCAGUUAACCUCAUUCAUACUGCUUGUUCUGUACAGCUUGGAUUCUAGCAUUCCAAAACAUCAUAGCUUUCUGAAUGCAAGGUUUGCUGAAGGUACUGCUGAUAUGAGCAACUGUGCAUUGUGCUUCUGAUGAGGCACACACUUGAAACUGAUUUGUUACAAGCUACUUGUUGGACUAAAGGUCUGUCUGAAUGAAAGCUGAUCAAAGAUGCAAGAGAGAUAUGGCACGUAAGCUUAAUGCUAGAUUUCUUAAGAUUUAAUAUAAAAUGAAUGUAACAAGCAGAAGCCUCCAGAGAAAAAUGAGUACAUCAAUAACUGUUCAGAAUAACACAAAAUCUUAAUGACCUUUUAAAAUAAUAUUAAGUGAAUAUUAAUGUAUCAGCAUAUUUAUAUGCUUCAUAUUUUUCAUUGUAAUAAAUAAAAUGGUAAUUGAUAAUUUGAAUUAA